AUCUACUCCGUGGUUAGCAAAACCCAAAGCGCAAGGACAAGGAGGAGGAGGAAGAAAAUGGUCGGCUGCAGGCUGCAGCAUACAGGAUUCCCGAUCAGAGAGCAGAGGGAGCGCAGCGCAAGAGGUUAAUGUCGCAGAGGCCAGAGGACGAUGUCACAGUCGACACAUGACACCACCACCAGCAGCACGCAGCACCUCAAUCGUAUCGUAUCCGAGGAGCGGACAAAAGUCGCGGGCUCGCGGCGGCAUCAGGGCACUCGCCACAGGUAAAAGAAAGCUGCUGCCUUUCCUCCUGCUCCUUCCUACUAGUGCGUGGAGGUGGAGCAGUGGGGCGCUACAGCAGCUACCUUGCCGUGUCCUCCUCUUCCUCCUCUCCUCCUGUCGGUGGCAAUCUCUGCGGAAACCGAGCUCCAUCCAUGGCCGUCCAAACCGAGCAGUAGCGCCGCCUGAAUCUGAGAUUGUAUGGCGAACUGUUUUCGUUGAAGUAGGGAUGCACACUUUUCUUUGACAGCUGGGAUGCUCACUUCUCAUGGGCACAGUCGGUCAUCUCUGGGGGCGUAACUAUGGAUUCUUGUGAGGGCUCUGAUGAUUAUAUAACUCAAAGCAAGAUUGUUUCUGCAAAAUCUGCUGCAUUGGUUGAUGGCAAGAUUGAACCUGCUGGAGAGGGGUUGCCUGAUGGUUGGUUGAAAGAAUACAGACCUAGAAAGAACCUAUAUGGAUCUAGAGUCAAGGGUGACACGUUCUAUAUUGAUCCAAUCAAUGGAUAUAAAUUUCACUCUCUCAAGGAUGUGCACCGCUAUCUUGAAUCUGGAGACAUCAAUCAAUGUUUUAGAUUGCCAAACAAGAGAAAAAUUGGGGACCUGCAUACUGAAGGGGACCAAUCUCAUCAUACAGGAAAACUAUCGGAUCAUACACCACUGGAUACUGCUGACAAGUCUAAUCGAUAUGAUCUACUGAAAGGUACCAAUACGCUGGGACAUGCUCUGCUAAAUCCAAAAAGUGGAGAGAAUGCUGAAAAUGUUACAUUGUGUAAGCCUGAUGAUAUAAACUCAAUCCAAAGGGAAGCUGAUCAGGUUGAAGCUUCAGAAGGUAAGAGCAUCCAAUCAGGCUUCAUAGAAGAGACUCCAGGGGAAGCUAAAUUUGUCACUAGGAAAGGAGCAAAUGUGAAGGAGAAACCAAAGGAAAAGAAGUACAAAACCAAACCUGUCAAAGGGAUUGCUGUACCUCUGAGAUCAUCACCUCGUUUAGCUGCACUGAAGAUUAGCCAGGAAGCAAAUAACACACCCAGAGAUGGACAUAGUGGCACACAGACAGACAUCACUAAUGAUCCACAACCAAAGCAAAUCCAAAAACCUAGGCGAAAGACAAAUUCUUCUGUACUUCCUGAGAGGAAAGAUGGAGAAUCUACCAGGAGUUCAGCAGAAAACCUUCCUUCAGUUCCCAAUCAAACACAGGGAGCAUCCUUCCCACACUCUUCAGGAGAUGCUGGAUGCCAGAAUGCACCAGCUGAGGCUCCUGUUCUGCGACAACAAGCAGGACAAGGUGAAACAUCUGAUGGUUUAUCUGGAUCUGCCCUGUCGUCACUAUUUCAACAUGUCUGGUCAGACCCAUGCCUUGUGUUUGCAUUCAGGACUCUUCUGGGUGAUAUUCCUGUUCUUGAUGACGCUCGAGCAUAUCGAUCUUCAGCUUAUGAUGGUAAUAGAGACUACUACCUUCCACCACAGAGCAUGAAUAAAAACACUGCAGCCAACUGGUCUGCUUCGGCUUAUGAUGGUAACAGAAACCACGCACAAGUCAAUCAUGUUAUGCCAAGGUCAUCAGAUAAGUUCUGCGGCAGUGGUUGGUUCCCUCCCCAGUGAAUUCAUUCUGGAAAUACGAAAACAGGUUCUUACCUGGCAUGGACAGAGCACAAGCAAACUCAAGUCCUAGUCCUAAUCCUAGUUUUAGCUCUCUUUGGCCCUUGCCUCAACAAGGAUGCAUGCUGCAAGCAAGACUCCAGCUCGUUGUAACUGUGUAGAGGAUCCAUAACUAAUAGUCUAAUAUAGUUGUCAUAUUCUACCUUGCGCUGAUGGGAUCAGUCUAAUUCACAGGAAGCUGUCUGGUGGUAGACUUGGCAAUACUUUCUGUUGUUUGUGUUUUUGUAGCAACUUGAUCAUGCAUUCACUUAUUGCAUUGUUACUUGUUAGAGCAGCCUCAAUAUCCCAGGAAAUGAUAUGGACUGUACUGUACUACUGUGUCUACGAGCAGCCAUCUGUGCAUUACUUGGUAGACUUUUAAUGUGCAUCAUGAUAUCGGACUAAGUUCUACCUGUAUUUGGCUUCUGCUGCACUGUUCAGAGUUUCGCUUUUAUUCCAGUUGAAAAUGUUGUUUUGCUGUGUACUUUCUUCA